UGCGUGGUUCGUGGGACAUUUUACUGGGUCGGGAUUUCAUUUAGGUAGUUAUUUAGUCACGAAGCACAUUAAAUAGAAACAGGGGGCGGCGUGAUUUUAUUUGGGCGACUUUAAUCUCUGGUUGUCCACAAUUCUGAGCCCCAAAAGUGAUCUGUCGCUCGUUAGUUAGCGCUCAUUUGACUUGAACCUUCCCCGCGGAGGAGAGCUCCGAGUGGGCUGGAAGCUUCCACAAGCCCGGAAGAGCACAACAAGCGAGGAGGGGAUGGAGGUAGACUGCCAGCCCGAGGAAGCCAUCGUCUCUUCAUUUGAUGAGGACUGUGUCGUGCUCGGUGACGUCAAGGACAUGAGAUUGGAAGCAGAAGCUGUGGUCAAUGACGUACUUUUUGCCGUCUCCGAAAUGCACGUGUCACAAAGUCUCACCAGUGCGUCAGACGUGGCCUACAUAAACGUGGAAACAAGGGAGGGAAACCGGUACUGUCUGGAGCUCACAGAGGCGGGACUAAGGGUGGUGGGCUACGCCUUCGAUCAAGUGGAUGAGGAUUUGAACACUCAGUAUCAUGAGACUGUUUACUCGCUUCUGGACAAGCUGAGUCCCGGUUACAGAGAAGCCUUUGGCAAUGCUUUGCUCCAGCGGUUGGAGAGGCUGAAGCAAAACGGACAAUAAAACAGGACCAAGAUGCUGCAAAAGCUGCACAAGUGGAAUGGAGGUCGAUGAUGUGAUGGAUAUGAGCCAACCAUAACCAAGUCUGCUCAAAUAUUAUAGCCUAUUAUGUGAUUUCCACCUGCCUAGCUACCACUACAAUGAGGGGUACCCUGCCCUAUCGACUUUGCUUUGUUCUGACCUUCAUAUCAUUGAAUGACUUAAUGUUAGUUUAGUAACUUUGGUAACUGCUAGGGAUUGGCUGUAUGGGCUCUUUUGCAACUUUGUGUGUUGACUUUAACUGUGGAAAGAUCUUCCCACUUCCACAUGCUACACAUUUGUACCUGGGCAGUGUUUGAGGAUUCUGCACCUUUUUGUACUCAUUGCUGUGAUCUGAGAAAAAGAAGCCGCAAGUUAUGUGAAUUACUGACCCUCCCUCUGCCUCGCUUGCACUAAAGCUGUGACCUGAUAACUGAUCAAAUAUACACAACUUGUUCGUAUUCGCCAGGUGAUUCAGUGAGAGAGCCAAAGCUGUAUUCUUUCAGUGCAACUCAUACAUGCUGCCUUAAUGACUGACUUUUGGUUAGAAAAGUACAUUUUGUAUUGAAGAUAAUGGGUUGUCCUCUCAUGUGGAUAAUGAGGUCAGAAACUUAAUAUUUGAAGUUUGUCAUAAACCAAUUAUCAAAUUGUUUGGAUUUCUAUGGUUUCCCCACCAUACAGUGCAUUGCAACUCAAGCUUACAUUUCAAACUUUUGCUUAAAGAAUUUACAGCUAUUCUUGUGGUUUAAAUAUUUUUGUAUUGUUUUGUCCAACUUUUGGUUAAUUGUCAGAAUGCACAGCCAUUUAUUAGACCUGUACUGGACUUCUGAACUACUUUUAAAAUAUUGGUUUAUUGUGUAUAUGACCUGAUAAGCUUGUGAGCAUCAGUGUUGUGAAACAUGUUACCUUUGCAUUCAGUUAUUCCUUGCUGCUGGCCUUUGCUCAGACCAAUAAAAUUCUCAGAAUUGUGA